GUAGUAAGCUUCGAACCGACACACCGUGAGGCUGCCCGUGUGAGUCCGUGCCGUAUUGUGUGCGUGUGUGACAGACAGAGUGGUAAAGAAGAGCGCUCUUAGCUGAUCUUAGAGAGUACCCAUACCAGUUCCAGACCAGGACCGAAAUAACCGCCGAAAAAAUGUUCUCCGCACUGUUGGACGCCGCCCGCAACUCCCCCUUCAAGACUCCAUUCACCAAGGCCCAGUGUGAUGCCACCGAAAGCAGCAACAAGUCGGUGGUGAGUGGCCGCACCAUCGCUGCUGCCGCCUCCGACGAGGUUGAGUUCGGUUCGAACAAGUUCUUCCUGCUUUGCGGUCUCGGUGGUGUCAUCUCGUGCGGUUCGACCCACACUUUCGUGGUUCCGCUGGACUUGGUCAAGUGCCGUCUGCAGGUUGACCAGGCUAAGUACAAGAACCUGUUCCAUGGCUUCAAGGUUUCCGUCGCAGAGGAGGGUGCCAAGGGUCUGGUCAAGGGAUGGGCACCGACCUUCUUCGGCUACUCAAUGCAGGGUGCCUUCAAGUUCGGUCUGUACGAGGUAUUCAAGGUGCAGUAUGCCAACAUGCUGGGCGAGGAGAAUGCCUACCUGUACCGUACCUGGUUGUACCUGGGUGCAUCCGCUUCGGCUGAGUUCUUCGCCGAUAUCGCUCUGUCUCCGAUGGAAGCUGCCAAGGUCAAGAUCCAAACCAUGCCCGGCUUCGCUGGUACGCUGCGUGAAGCUAUGCCCAAGAUGAUGGGCGAUGAGGGUAUCAUGGCCUUCUACAAGGGUCUGGUUCCACUAUGGUGCCGUCAAAUCCCGUACACCAUGAUGAAGUUCGCCUGCUUUGAAAAGACUGUCGAACUGCUAUACGCUUAUGUUGUACCGAAGCCACGCGACCAGUGCUCCAAGGGUGAGCAACUGUUGGUUACCUUUGCUGCCGGUUACAUUGCUGGUGUGUUCUGCGCUAUCGUUUCUCACCCGGCUGACGUCGUCGUGUCCAAGCUGAACCAGGCCAAGGGAGCCAGUGCAUUCGAUGUGGCCAAGCAGCUCGGCUUCAUGGGUAUGUGGAACGGUCUGAUGCCACGUAUCAUCAUGAUCGGUACUCUGACUGCCCUGCAGUGGUUCAUCUACGAUGGUGUCAAGGUCGCCCUGAACAUCCCGCGUCCACCACCCCCAGAGAUGCCAGAAUCGCUGAAGAAGAAGCUGGGAGUUCAGUAAAUACGUCACAAUAUCCUUCGUUAUUAAACCCCUUCUCCCUUGUACUUCUUUCACUGAUAAGCUAAAAUUAAUUUAUAAGUGCAAACCAAAUUCUCAAGUAAAACUUUCACGGUACGGACGCUAGCAGUCAUCGAUAAUAAAUUGGAGGAAUCUAAACAAAAAAACAUUCAAGUGCAACAUUAGUAGGUGCUAUUAUAGUGCGAUAGCAUCUUGGAAUAGUAGAAACAACUUCGGGUACGCGAUUCAGUAUUUGAGCACUUAUUACGAUUAUUUUGCACAAAAUUAAAAUAAAAACAAGUUGUUCGGAAUUUGCCGUACUGCCACUCUUCCAGGAUGGAUCGAUUGUACUGUUUAUUUAGUAUAGUUCUGCUAUGUUACCAUGGGUAGCCCAAAGAACAUUAAAGUGAAUGCGUUUCUUCAUGGAAGAACGAAAGGAAA